UCUCUCUCCUCCUCUCUCUCCCUUCCUCCCUCUCUCUUGCUCUCUUUCUGUAUUUGUGCCUUGUACUUCUCUCUUGGGAUUCCAGAAUCCAGCUGCAAGGAAAGCAGUUGGAAGUGGUAGCAGGAUGCUGGAGGGACUCUAAUAGACACGUACAACAACAGGAAAAGCCUACAGCCUCGUUGACAUAACCUCUUCAUACAAAGUUCACAAUGCUGGGCUUUGCUCUCUCCCUCUGUGUCCUGAUUCUACCCACUGCGGUGUGGGUUACCUGUACUGGCAUGGUGACUGAUCCAUACCGAAUCACUCGCUCUGAACUGGACCUCGAGAAUGAGGACUACAAGUCUCAUCGCGAUCCCACCAAGUCUGACUACAGAGCACACAACCAGAGAGCCAGGUCUCAGGAUGGAAAGAGGGGAUCGCAGUGUUUGCGCUGCUGUGACCCGGGAGAGGAGCCCCCUCCUCCACACCCCUUCCCUGCGUUCCAGUUUGUGCCUCAGAUCAAUAUCACCAUCCUCAAAGGUGAGAAAGGUCACAGAGGAGAACGUGGCACCUACGGCAAAUCAGGGAAAUCCGGCAGUUCUGGGCCCAGGGGCCCUGAAGGGGUGAAAGGGCACAAGGGUGCUACUGGCUCUCCAGGGGAACCCUGCAAGACCUACUACUCUGCCUUCUCAGUAGGGAGAAAGAAGGCCCUGCACAGCAAUGAGUACUACCAGCCGCUCACCUACGACACAGAGUUUGUCAACCUCUACAAGCACUUCAACAUGUUCUCCAGCAAGUUCUACUGCUACAUCCCAGGGGUCUACUACUUCAGCCUAAACGUGCACACCUGGAACCAGAAGGAGACCUACCUGCACCUGAUGAAGAAUGAGCAGGAGCUGGUGGUCCUAUACGCCCAGCCCAGCGACCGCAGCAUCAUGCAGAGCCAGAGCCUGAUGCUGGAGCUUGAGCAGAACGAUGAGGUCUGGGUGCGUCUCUUCAAGGGAGAGCGUGAGAACGCCAUCUUCAGUGACGACUUCGACACCUACAUCACUUUCAACGGCUACCUGAUCAAACCCAAGAGCGAUGGCUAGCAAGGCCAGGGGCUGCAGGACUGUCUCGGUUGGCUUUUCUGUGUAAGGGGUCAUUCUACAGUAAAACAAUUUGAAUAGGAAAUAGAUAGGGCUGUGAGUUAUUGUCCUUGUCAUGUCUAGCAUUCACAACAAACCCAUUCCCCUAUUUUUUGCUAUGCUCAUCGUUCUCAGGAAUGUAGUUCUGGGAAUCAAAAACAGUAAGAACUUGUGUUUUUGCUCUAAGCUUUAAACUACAACCCACAAUACGUGGAACAGAACAUGUUAAAAUUUACUACACAUAUUGGUGUGUGGUUACAAAAUGCUUAAUUACAAAAUGUAAAUGUUGACAAUUGCUAGCAUAUUUUUUAAUUAUACUGUUUUUACCCUUGUGGUUACAUAUAAUUACUAAGUAGUGACCCAUGUUAUUACAGUGUAAUUAUAGUGUAGUUAGAGACACUUUAAAAUAAAGUGUUAACCAAUAAACAAGCCAAGAU